ACUUGGAUCUCACUGAAUCUCUGAGCAACAUGGGGCCCCCAACUUCUGUCGUCCUGAUCCUGGCGCUCACCCUCGGCUCUAUGGGCACCUUGGCACAGAAACCUACACCACCAGUAAUGGAGGAAUUUACUGAGGAGCCUGACGCAGACAAUGCCAUGAGGCCCGAGUUUGCCGGUCCUGGGAUUAUUAGGCCACAGGUGAAGCCCGGGACUUGCCCUUUGCCAGUGAAUGAAAAUGAAUGUGAUCUGUCCCAGAGGGACGAAUGUAGGAGUGACCGGCACUGCAGGGGCAAAUUGAAAUGCUGUUCCAAUGGCUGCAGGAAAAGAUGUCUCCUCCCACUAGAAGACAAGGACGAUUCCUGCCCCUUCUUUGAUGCAUCCAUUUGUGUUCAUGUGCGGCCCCUUCCGGAUGAGUGUUCCUCAGAUAAUCAGUGCCAAGGAACAGAGAGGUGCUGCUGCUACAACUGCCGCCUCGCCUGCAAACCAACUGUCAUAGUGAAACCUGGUCAGUGCCCGGCUCCAAACAAACUCUGCUCACUGCUGCCUCCAAAACAUGAGUGUGAGACAGACGGCGGCUGCAAAGGAAAACAAAAGUGCUGUGAGAACUGCGGGCGCAAAUGUACAACCCCUAAAACAGAGAACCCCGGCUUCUGCCCCGUGAGCAUAGAAACGGUGUCGUGUUUCACUUAUUUAUGGAAACCCAAGUGUCAGACUGAUCAGGACUGCAGGAGGGGCCAGAAGUGUUGUCUCUCUCGGAAUAGGAUGGAGUGUGUACCGGCUUUAAUAGAGAAGCCGGGGACAUGCCCAAUACCAGUGACUCGGUGCAGAGCUGAUUUACGCCCCACAAAGCCAAAAUGCACCAGCGACAAGGACUGCCCAGGGGACAAGAAGUGCUGCACCCCCGAGUGUGAGCCCAGGUGCAUCGACCCCAAUGAGUUUGCCGAACCCUAGGGCCCCAUUAGUAAUGAUGCCCCCCAUCUCUUCAGGACAGAAUAACCUGCAACUUCAUCUGAUCAGAACAAUGGACCAACUCUUUCCCAUUCCUGCAGCACAAGAACACUCCCCAUGUUAUCAGUCUGUGGGUACCACAAUGUGCUCCCCAUGUUAUCCGUCUGUGGGUACCACAAUGUGCCCCCCAUGUUAUCCGUCUGUGGGUACCACAAUGUGCCCCCCAUGUUAUCAGUCUGUGGGUACCACAAUGUGCUCCCCAUGUUAUCAGUCUGUGGGUACCACAAUGUGCUCCCCAUGUUAUCCGUCUGUGUGUACCACAAUGUGCCCCCCAUGUUAUCUGUCUGUGGGUACCACAAUGUGCCCCCCAUGUUAUCUGUCUCUUUCUAGGAGGGUGAUUGUAGCUUCCCAGUCUGAGCCGGGGGCGCUGCUCUGUGCAUUUCUAUGCGGACUGUCCUGUCUCAUUAAAUACAUUCUUUACGCA